UGUUCGUGACAUCACGGUAAACUUAUAGAUCCGUCGAAGUCUUGGUUGUUUGCAAACCCAAAGAGCACUGCAAUCUAAAUUUAUCAAGAGAAUAAUCCGACGGCAUACUGAAAAUAGCGCAGCAGAAGCGCAGAAAACCUCACAAGCCUCUUUCAGCUACACAGACUCUUGGAAUGGCUGCUAAACCUCAUCCACCUCUGAUGAAGAAACACAGUCAGACCGAUCUGGUGAGUCGACUCAAGACACGCAAGAUCCUGGGUGUCGGUGGAGAGGAUGAUGAUGGAGAAGUGCAUAGGUCAAAGAUCAGUCAGAUGCUGGGGAAUGAGAUCAAGUUUGCAGUUCGAGAGCCUGUGGGACUGAGGUUAUGGAUCCUCUUCUCCGCUGUGGUUUUCACAGUCAUGGCCCUUAUGGCCCUAGCCUUCCCUAACCAGCUGUAUGAGGUUGUAUUUGAUCAAGAACAAACAGCCACCAGUAUCUCUAUACGUCUCUAUGGAGGGGCCAUUCUCAGUCUGUCUCUGAUCUUGUGGAAUGGCUUGUACACCGUGGAGAAGGUUAUCAUCCAGUGGACGUUACUUAGCGAGGCCUGCUACUUUGCCAUCCAGUUUCUAGUGACCUCCGUCACUCUGGUGGAGCUGGGCCACCUAACAAAUCCUGCCAUCCUCCUCCUCCUCAGUCGCGUAUUCUUCCUCACUGUCACGUUGUCCUACUACUACCAUCUUGGACGUCGGCUCAAGAAGAUCUGAGACGUUACGACACACCUGGUGCUUGGGCAGUUGAGCGACGGGGCACUGGGCUGGAGUUUCCAUCAGGAGCUUUGAACAUCGACACGACCAUCUACAUCAACCUGUUCACCUGCCGUUGAGCCCUACCACAAGGACAACGCCAACCCCAAGGCCUUUAUUUUUAAUUUCAGCUUACACGCAGGAGAUUGCCUUUACUGAACAACUCCAUCUCUUUUUUUUCUUUUCUUUUUUUUAAUGGGAAACACUCACAAUAUGGUCAAAUUAAUUACAUUUUUCUUUCCGAUAGUGCAGUCACAGUGUAGCCCUCCUCAUUCACCGUGUAUUGAGUAAAGUAUUGCAAACCGUAGCCCAGCUUGGACUGCUAGCGUAAUUGUCUGUAGCUAUGGUAUCAACAAAACUGUAAAUCAUUCCAUGUAAUAAUGCCAAUGACUCUGAGCUCCUAGUCAUGUGAUGUGUGUGAGGGUGGCUAGUAAACACUAGAAUGUGUGUGUUUUCUAUCCAGGUCAUUCAGUGUUUGAGCAGGAAAAACAUUGUUCCUGGUUGGUUUGUAUUGUAUCAGUGCUGUAUCACUGAGCUAGGAACAACCUGCUCUACAUCCAAUGAGUUCUUAAAUAGGAAUUGUUAUGAAAGGAAUAGUUAUAGUUUAUGGAUGACAGACGCAACAGGUUCAUUUGUUCGCUUAGUCGGCUAGUUGGUGCAUGGACUGUUUCAGGAACUUCAUUGUUAAACAGUUAAUAGGUUUGAACUAAUUAUUCAUCUUUCAGAUAACAACUUUAUCAACUUUUAUUUUCUUAGUGGCAAGUUCGUUUUCAUCAAGAUGUCAGUGUGUAUGAACAAGAAACCUUUUUCGUUUAGUAAUGCCAGAGAACAUGGUUGUGUAGCACAAUGACAUGUUUCUUUCAGUUUAACAAGCAAUGUAGCAGUAUUUUCCCUCACUUUUCCCUAAUAUUGCCUUAAUAUGCUAAACUGCACAAGCGUUCCACAUGUCAGCACACUGCCAGACGUUUGCAUUCUUCAACUGAUCUGUAUAUAUAUUUUUGCUGAUUUGAAUUUGCUUAUUUAUUGGCCUUCCCCAAAGUUCUUGCAUAAGUUGAUUUAGAUUUUUUUUUUUUUAAAGGUUUGUGGUAUAACUUGCAUGUUGUUCAGUCCAGAAGUCAUCUUGUAUGCCCUUGAUAACAAGUUGUCUUGUGCGAGUUCUGAGACAAACUGCAAAAUCAUAAUGAAUCGUGUGUAUGUAGUUGCUCGUUUGCUGCCUUGUGUGUAUUUACUAUUAUUUUCCAAAGUGUCCAUUAGUACAACAGUGACAACUCCCAUUAAAAGCAUAGUAGAAUUGGUAGCAACUGUAAUAGCAUAUAAAAGGAAAGAGUACACUUCAGAAGAACCUAUACAGUAAAUAUCUGUAGUAAAUGUUGCGUAUGAGGAGUCCGUGCUUUUUUUUUUCCAAAUAUGAUAGAGCUUCAGUGGAGAAGCAAAGUGUGUGUUUAUGUACAGUAUGUGGACAAAAGUAGCAGUUACUCUUGGCAGGGUUUAAUUAAGUUUCACAUUUAACCUGGCCAAACUCCAAACCUCUGCUUACAUGUGGCUCAAAAUAGGUAAUAAACAAGUUCAAUGGACCAGCAUUGUAGAGGCCGAUUUCUCUUUCACAAGCCAGUUUGUUUUAGACUCUUUGUUGUCUUUGCAUGGGAACAGCGUUUAUAGUUCAAACCUCAGUAAAAACCUUUCCUCUCGCUGUCAUGUAGAUACGUUUUUUUUUAAACAGAACCAAAUCAAUCCUAACUAGUCAUUCAGAAUAGGCAUGGGUGUUAGUGGAAGCUCUGUUCCGCUUAUUAAAUAGCAGACUCUCGUCCCUCUUAACACUCGCCCAGCUAAAUAUGAUGAUGGCAAAUGCCAAACAUGAAUCAUUUGUUAUUCACGUCUGCUGAUGAGAAUUGUGUUGCCAUGCAAUUAGAAAUAAAAUCCAGUUAGCUGCUUUGGCUUAAGCUGUCUGCCGAAGGUAUACAUAAUGCCUCUGAAGGGAUGUUAAUGUACUUUUUAAAUGUGUGUGUAAAUAUUUUGUUGAAAUAUAUUAUUGUUAUGGACCUGCAUCGUUAUCUUUUUGGAAUAAAGAAAAUAUACAUUUAUUGCAACAAUCA